GAAUAUACCAAGAAUUAGAGAAAGGCAUCUUUAUCCCUCUCCCUACUAAUGAAUUCCUGCUGGACAACUGAGAACUUUUUGUUUCUGAACCCUGUUGAGCUUUUCUGCUCUGGAAAAUAGUGAAAGUAACUGCAAACUUUCAAAGACCAGUGCAACAAGGGGUUGUGAUGGCUAUUUUUCCUUUCCCAUAUAAAUCUAUGUAUUGACAGCAAUGACAAACUAAGAGUAUUACAUCAGGGCACUAACAUACUUCAGGGAGCAACAGGGUGGAUCCUUUUGGCUAAAUGGGCAGCAGAGUGCUGUGCCCUGUUUACCCUGCCUAGAAUGAGCUCUGUGUGUACUUAUAGAAUUAAUAUCCUACAUAAAUGAUGUCAUGCUUGAAGGGUGUUCCAGAAAUUGUGACAGUGAUAAUGUGAAGGAGAAGGAUAACAAAGGUAAGGAGGGUUUAACAUCGGUUGCUUAAAACCAACUGUUGCAUAUAACCAACAUUACAAAAUGAGUUAUCAAAUGCAAUCUCCUGCUCCUCCUGUUUCAAGACCAAUGUCACACGGGAACUAUAGCAACCCUCCUGAUAUGCCACUAGCAAAUCCGAAGGAGCAAACCUUGAUGUGGCAACAAAAUUCUUAUAUGGGUGAUUCAGGAAUUCAUUCUGGAGCAUCUACCCAUGCUCCUGGGACACUCUGUGGUAAAGAAGAUGAUCUUGAAAGUGAACAAAUAGUUUUUGACUGGGAUCAACCUGGAUUUGGCCAAGGUUUCACUCAAGAACAAGUUGAUGAAAUGAACCAACAGUUGAACCAGACUAGAUCCCAAAGAGUCAGAGCUGCUAUGUUUCCUGAAACUUUAGAAGAAGGACUUGAAAUCCCCAGUACACAGUUUGAUCCCACUCAGCCUACUGCUGUCCAGCGAUUAGCUGAACCCUCUCAAAUGCUUAAGCAUGCUGUUGUUAAUUUAAUUAACUACCAGGAUGAUGCUGAUUUAGCCACCAGAGCCAUUCCAGAAUUAGUGAAACUCCUCAAUGAUGAGGAUCAAGUAGUUGUAAGCCAAGCAGCAAUGGUCGUCCACCAGUUGUCGAAAAAAGAGGCGUCUCGACAUGCAAUAAUGAACUCGCCACAAAUGGUGGCAGCAUUGGUGCGUGCCAUGACUUCUUCGAAUGAUCUGGAGACCACCAAAUGUGCUGCUGGGGUCUUGCAUAAUUUAUCACAUCACCGUCAAGGCUUGCUGGCUAUCUUCAAAUCUACUGGUAUUCCUGCUCUAGUUAAACUUUUGAGUUCUCCUGUUGAGUCUGUUUUGUUUUAUGCUAUAACCACCCUUCACAACCUAUUAUUGCACCAGGAAGGAUCCAAAAUGGCUGUUCGUCUUGCAGGGGGUCUCCAGAAGAUGGUGACUCUCCUACAAAGGAACAAUGUGAAAUUUCUUGCUAUUGUAACUGACUGUUUACAAAUUUUAGCAUAUGGAAACCAAGAGAGUAAGCUUAUUAUUCUUGCCAGUGGAGGUCCUGCUGAAUUAGUGCGUAUUAUGAGAUCCUACACCUAUGAAAAACUGCUGUGGACAACUUCCAGGGUUUUGAAAGUACUUUCAGUAUGUUCAAGUAAUAAACCUGGCAUUGUUGAAGCUGGUGGGAUGCAAGCAUUAGCUAUGCAUUUGGGUCAUCAGAGCCAGCGCUUAGUUCUCAACUGCCUGUGGACUCUUCGUAACUUGUCAGAUGCUGCUACCAAACAAGAUAAUGUGGAUGGACUCUUGCAAGGUCUUGUUCAGUUGCUGGGAAGCAGUGACAUCAAUGUUGUCACUUGCGCUUCUGGAAUUCUAUCAAACAUGACCUGCAACAAUCAUCGUAAUAAAGUUACCGUGUGCCAAGUUGGAGGGAUUGAAGCACUUGUUCGUGCUAUCAUCCAGGCUGGAGAUAGAGAAGAAAUAACAGAACCUGCUGUAUGUGCUCUUAGGCACUUAACCAGUCGCCAUCCAGAGGCUGAAAUGGCUCAGAAUGCUGUUAGAUUGCACUACGGUCUGCAAGUGAUUGUCAAAUUGUUACAUCCUCCAAGCAGAUGGCCAUUAAUUAAGGCCGUCAUCGGACUGAUAAGAAACUUAGCCCUGUGCACAGCUAACCAUGCUCCAUUACGAGAGCAUGGUGCAAUUCCUAGAUUGGUGCAGCUACUCAUAAAAGCAUACCAGGACACCCAGAGGCAACGCUCUAGUGUCGCUUCAAGCAACAGCCAAAUAGCAUAUGUGGAUGGCGUUAGGAUGGAAGAAAUUGUAGAAGGUACUGUUGGUGCUUUACAUAUUCUUGCACGUGAAGCACACAACAGGGCAAUAAUUAGAGGGCUUAACGUUAUUCCCGUGUUUGUGCAAUUGCUGUAUAAUGACAUUGAGAACAUUCAGAGAGUUGCAGCUGGAGUGUUAUGUGAACUUGCAUCAGACAAAGAAGGUGCAGAAAUGAUAGAAGCUGAAGGUGCAACUCCACCUCUCACCGAGCUUCUACACUCCAGAAAUGAAGGUGUUGCAACAUAUGCAGCUGCUGUUCUAUUCCGUAUGUCUGAAGAUAAGCCGCAAGAUUACAAGAAAAGGCUGUCAGUAGAGUUGACCAACUCUCUCUUCAGAGAUGUUGAAGGUCCAUGGACUGCUAUGCCAACUGAUAUGGAUAUUAACAUGCUGGGUCCAGAAGAAGCUUACCAUGAUCAGAUCUAUCAAGGAAGCCAAGGUCCACCAAGUGUCCAUUCAACUGGACCAAGACACAACCAAUACACUCCACAAGGUUAUAACAUUCAGGUCCCUAUUGAUUCGAUGCAAGAUCUUGAUCUCGGGGGACAAGUCGGGCACGGUGGAUAUGGUACUUUGGAUACUAACAUGGAUUUAGAUGGACCUCCCGAUAUAAACUUUGAUACCCUAGAACCCAUGUUGCCCUCUCCUCAGCAAAAUGGCGAUGGUUCUCAUCAAAUGGCUGCUUGGUACGACACUGACCUUUAAAUGGAUUCGUCACCACUCCUAUCUUUUAAGUAGCCGGCUGCUUGGUGUUUGUCAUCACAUUUUAAUGAACUUUUUAUUUAUGUGUACUUUUUUUUACAUACUAUAUAUAUGAAAGGAUAUAUUAAGUGUCAUGCCCGAUUCAAGUUACGUUUUCUUUUAGAUAUAUGUUGGAUUAUUUUUUAGUCUUGUGGCAGCUUUUUAAACAUGUAUCUUUAUUUUUGUAGUUUUUAAUGUUUAUCUUGUGCUUAUUUUUUUUUAAUGGUAAGUUGGAGUUUAAGAUGUACAUCUUCCCCCUAUUUAAAAGAGAGAAUUCAUUUCAUAUUAUUGCAUUUAUGUUUGUUUAAAUAAAAUGACUCCUCUGUAUAUUGCUAUUAAACCAUUCUGGUAUUUUCCUUAGUUACUGCAAAUGUUUUCCCCUCUUUGACUUUUAAGAACAAAAAUACAAAUUUAAAUGUUUAAUUAAAUGUUACUAAAAUAAAUUUAUCCGAUGCUUUUGUAUUGCAAUAUUAUCUCACAAUAACUAA